CAAUACGAACCAUCUAACCAGCGGCAAGUCGAAGUUGCUUGAACGCCGCAGAGAAAUAGACAAGCGCGAUUAUUAUUUUUUUCUUAUACUAUAAACGUGUGACACGUUCUUAAUUAACUUUGUCAAGGAAAUUAUAUGUGAACAAGACUGUGAUUUUUGUGCUGCGAAAUGACGUGAAAUUAUUUUCGAGGAUUAUAACUCUGUUGACAGAUUGUACUUAGCGAUCAAUUUCUAGCUGACUUGUACUAUAGGAUGUAUAAAUGUUAAUAUUUCUGGAAAGAAGUCUUGAUGCGAGUAAGAAGAUUGCGAUACAAUUAAAAGACAAGUAAGCAACAUUGCCAUUAGCUCUUUUGCAGUCAGUAACAUUUGGACUCCAAGUUUCUCUAUUCAUUUAAAAGCUGGUGUUCGCUUCCUGUUGUUCUUCACAAUUUUCGUCGCGGUCUGGAGAUUUUAUUUUCUCCUGACCUUUUCAGAAACAAGAAAAGAAGACAGUGACAGGCCAAGCGAGCGCCCCGUUUAUACUCCUCCAAUUUGAUGGCAGUUUCUAAACAACCGACCAUCACUCCUGAGACCUCUAGUGCUGAGGGAUUAGAUGAAGAAACAUCCUCUAGAGGAGAGGCUAAAUGGAAGCGAUUUCACCCGUUUCGUGUUGUGCGAAAGAUCUUCCGACGAAGAAUUAAGAGGGAAGGAACUAGCGUUUCUGAUGCCUCGAAGAAAUCUUGGUCAACUAGUGAAUUACAAAGUGUUCAAGAUGAUGGCACAGGGAAGCGCGAAGUGACUUCUCCUCUGAAAAUUGGCUUAAGUGUAUCACACGACAGUAUUUUUUCUCCUGAAAGCAGUACCAACGCUGUGAGUAGUGAAACACUAAAUGCUUCGCAUGGUUCAUCGCUGUCUGUUCAUCAUACUACAAUAAAAAAUAUGUUUAAGGAUGAAUUAUUUACGAGGGUCCGUGCCAGAAGAGAUUCGGAUGAUGAUGAUGAUGCUGGACUGCCGCAUAGUCCUUGUACUAGUCCUACUACUGUCGAUGUAUUAACGCAGGGUUUGAAGGAAAAGUCACCGAAAUCUCAAACCACAUGCAGUGCCGGCAGUUUGAUAAGUAUGGGAAGCUCCGAAAAUGAUGAGGAUUCAGCGGGCCAAUCUUCAGGGCAUUCAUCAAGAAUGUCCCUCAUUGAUAGACGAUCCUUAGAUUCUGAUGGUGAUACUGAUAGCAGUCAACCUGUACCUUUGAAUCACAAUGCUGCUCAUCAUAAAAUUGCUGUUAGACCUAAGCGAACUUAUGGCUUGCCUCGUCGGAGAAUGAAUCAAGUUGCUGCAUCUAAAGUAAGCACCUUACCAUCAACCCCUGAAGUUACUGAAGAUUCUGUAAAGAGUUUCCAGAAAUUUGAAGCACUUGAAGUUGUCAAAACAUUUACUGAAUUCUCUGCUUCAUCACUUAACGAAUUUUCUUCCUCAAAACAGUCGUCAGAAUGGCAAGUAACUCAAAUGACAUCAUCCUUUUCUUACAAUGAAGUAUCUGAUUUAACAAGAGAAGUUGUUAGUCAUAUGGAAAAAUCAUCAACUUCAGAAAGCUACAGCCAAAUAUAUAAUGAAAACAUUGAAGAAAAUUCUAAAAUUAUGAAUGGCGAAGACAUUAAACCUUUACCAAGUAUCGAUAUUGUAACACCGGAAGCAGAAGGAACUGUUAGUCAGAGUUUCAUUUCGAAAGAAAGCGAUACCGAAUUCGUAAACAAAGAAGAAACAAAAUCUUUUUAUGAUAGUUAUGAGAAGAGGUGUGAUGAUACUGAAGCAGAAAACUCUAAAGCUUUCAGAAAUGAAAACAAAGAGGACCAUGCAAUAUCUGAAAUAAAAGAAAAUUUCCUUAAAGAAAGUGAAGCAUCUCUCAAAGUAUCAUCUCUUGUAAGAAAUCUAGAGAAAUCUGAAUCCUUUAAGAAAUCAGAAAAAUUAUUUAAAGGAAAAGAGGAAAUGAAAAUUUCUUCAUGCCAAAAUACUGGUAAUGAACUGAUGCCAGAGUUAUCUUCUGUUCAAAUGAAAGUUAGCAACAGCUGUGCCGAAAAUAGUGAAACUUCUAAACCUGAUUUAAUGAAAGAAAACUUCUUCCCAAAAAUUCAAUUGGAGAAAACUAAUGAAUAUGCUUCUUCUACGGAAGAAAAGUUAGAGAUGAAGACACAAUCCAAACAAGAAUUUGUAAAGGAAGUUAGGAUGACAAACGUUCCAAAUAAACUUGAUAUUGAUAGCGAAUUUAUAUUGAAAACUGUGAAAAGAGAUAUUAGUUUGGAUAAAAAUUUAGACUUGACUUGCAAGGAAAAAUCUGGAGAUAAGGAAAACCCAUUGAUUUCUUCUUUGUAUUUUGAAGAAGAAAGUAUAAUGAGCAGUAAAUCUUUAUCUAUGGGUGUCGAAGAAAGUGGGAUAUUCGUCUCCCACCAUGCGUCUUUCAAAGAUGAUGUUAAGGAUAUGGUUGUAACAGAAGCUCACAAUUUCGCUGCAGUUGAAGAAAACGCUGGAAUUUUUAUUCAAGCUACUGGUGACAUUCUAAAUGACAAGAAAAUAAAAAGUAGUGAUUCUUGGGUAAGCUCUGUAGACAUCCCUGCAUCUAUGUCGAUGAAUAGUGAUGUAACUGUUAGCUCGUCUACCUCUACUCUUUGUACUAAUAAAAUGACAGACGAAAAAAUAACAAUAUCAGUAAACGCGAAACCUGAACCUAUAACAUCUGUAGUCUCACCUCUUGAGCAAGAUGAAAUAAAACAAAGUGCUAUGGAAUCUUCUGAAAAUGCAGCAUUACCAUCAAAACAAGAUAUGAAUCAGCGACCCUCUCAGAAGGAGAAACAUCCAGUUAAACCAGCUCCUAAACCUCAGUUGCUUGAAUCUAAUUCAAAUGCCACGGGCAUGAAAAACAUCAACGCACAAAAACGCGUAUCGGUUGAAAUUGUUCCAUUCAGUCAAAGGAUGAAAGAGCGCAAGUAUCAGCCUAUAUCUUUUGGUAGUAAAGAUCAGCCUUCUGAUCAAAACAAAAAGAGCACCAGCACAUCGAUUGAGCGAAAACUGUCGGAUCGUAAAGUUACUGUGAAGAAUAAAGAAUUGGAUAAAGCUAAUAACCGGCAUUCAUUCUCUGGAGCUUUAGUUUCAGACAACAAGAAAACUGAGACAGUCAUAGAAAAGAAAAUUGCAAAGCAGGAAAAAGUGCAAUAUCCGGUUCAGAUUCGUAUUCAUAAAUCUAUUCCUAAACCAGAAAUCAAAGAUAAAGUUAAUGUUACUGCUGCUAAUAAAGGACAAAAGAAUUCAACUAACAAAACUAUCUCUAGUGAAGUAAAAUUUCAAGUACAAGGCUCAAAAAUAACUCAGAAUGAUACAAAAUUAGUGAAAGAAGAAAAAAGCGUUCAAGACGCAUCCGCAAAAUGGGAAGUUAAAAUCCAGCCUUCUGUUUCUCAUAAUAAUCACAUUAAUAAAAGUCAGAUUGUCGACGAUGAAGUGCAUUCCUCUUCACUUCUGAGCGAAAUUAACGCUGAAACAAUGAGCGAUCCUCGCAAAUCUCCUGUUAUUGAUAAUGAAAACAAAGUCUGUCAAAAUCCUCAAGAUUCAGAAUCGCUUGCAAUGAAAAGUAAUGAAAAUAAGAAAAAUACUAAAGAGGCACCAUUACCUCUUUCUGACGAUCCGGAACCAGAGCUUCUACGUGUUUUUGCAAGGCGUUCGAUUAAACAAAAGAACUGUGAUAAAAGUAAAGCUGAAGAACCACAAGAGAGUUCUAUUUCUGAUGCCUCUCUUGAUGAUUCUUCACACAUAGAGAAAACAGAAGAAAGUAAUGAAAUUAGCGUUUCUGAUAAUAGUACUGUAAUAAAAAUUUCGGAAAUUUCGAAACCACAUAUCAAAACACAUGACUUAAAGAAAAAAUCUAAAUCGUUUUGUGAAAAAGAAAAAGUAGCUCCGAGAGCAGUUUCACCUUUAAAAGAAAUGAACUUAAUUCAUAGAGAAUCUCUUGUGAAGCUAUCAUCAGAGUCCUCAAUUAGUAGUGAAACAAUACAUCCAAGACAAAGAUUAGCAAGUGUUCCUGAUAUCCCUCUUAAUUUGCCUCCCGAUUCCAUCAAAAAUUCUCCCAAGGAAUCUAAUACUGAAAGUUCGCCAGUUCCACCUAUUAAAGAAGAAAUUCAGCAAAAGACAAGCUCUACUUCAGUACCUGCAGCUACUGCUCCCAUGAAUGGUAGUGUUACAAGCAUAGGAAUGGCAAAAGAAAGUCAAGAAACUAUGAAUGAAAAGGAACCACAUGCGCCAUCUUGGUUGCAACUCGCUCAGCAGCGUCGAGAACUUAGGGAACAAAGAGAAAGACUUCUCCUCGGUGGCUCCCCUAAUUCUUUCAUGGAUGCUUCCAACAAGCCAUCACGCUCAUCUAAAGUGUGGGAUAUGGUCAACAAUUUUCAGAAGCUUCAAAUGACCUAAACUGAAAUGUAUUUUGUAGAAUUUAAAUAGAUGCUAAAAGCUCAGUAAUGUAUAAGUGUACAGUUGCAUCAGUUGCUGCAGCUUCUGACCCAAUUGUUAUAAUUGUGUGUUUUUUGCAAUUUAAUACUCUGUAAAUGUGAACAAUGUGCUCAUAAAAGUAACUAAAUAGCAUAUAAAAUGUUUUGUCAUAUAAAGGUGUUAUUGUUUUUACAUCUAUGUAUGCAAAGGCUUAACCUGAAAAUUCAUAAAACUUGCAAAAUGAGGGAAAUAAUUUUAUAGUAAAAAUUAGAAAACUAAAAAAUAUACCUAUAAAUGAAAAGUGCAUUAUAAAAAUUAGUUUUUUUAUAUGAUGAAUAUCUAAUUUAUGUCUUUUACAAGUACUCUUUUGUAUAUAUAUAAUAUUUAAACAUUUUAAACCAAAAAGUAGCCUUUUUCUUUUUGUAUAUAAAUAAACAAAUAAAUAAAUAAAUAUAUUUAUGCAGUUCCAAAGAGUUUCGAUUGGAUCGAAAAUGUAAGUACUUUAGGAUAAAAGCUAAUAUGCUAUGGAAAACAUUCAAAUUUCUGUUGUCAUCUCAUAGUUACUGUCUCACAUAUAUAGUUCACUUCUUUAUACUUCAGUUUUAUGCAUGUAGAUUUAAUGUAUAGGUUUAUCUCUAAGUUAAAUAGCUUGUUGAAUUGUUUUUAUCAUUUCGUUACUAUUUAAUCUAAUUUGAAUCUUAAAGAAUUGGAAUGCGUCAAUUUUUAAAAGGAAAUUUUUUUAACAUUGCUCCCUUUUUGAUAUUCUCGUAAAUAAAUAUAACUUUUAGGGGGAACAUAUUUUGAUCGUUUGCAUGAUUAUUUUAAACUGCUCAUUACGCGAUUUUUUUUUUUUUCCUUUCAAAAGCUAGAAAUUUUUAGCGCAAGUGGUUUUGAAGCAACUGUUAAAAAGUUUUUCGGUGAGCAGAGAUAUUAAGGUUCCUAUUAAUUGCCGAGAAUUUCUGAUUUUGAGAAAUGCUGAACUUUUGAAAUUGGUACAUCAUUUCUUCCAUCUGCAAGUUAAGAAAAUUAGUAUGUCUUGUUUUUUUCUAAGAUUUUGUAUUACAUCUUUUAAAACGUUUUAUUGAACAUGGCCCCAUUAAUGAGUCAGACUUAAAAAAAUUAUGAAAAAUAUUUAAUUUUAAAAAUCUUGAUUUUGAUGUCCUAAUUUUCAAUCCAUAAGAUUGUUCGUGAUAUAUAUUGAAAUCGUAUGUAUGUAAAUCGUUAAUAUGCAGAAAUGUUUGGUAAUAAGAGAAAAAAGAUGCGAGGCAAAUUAUAAAGGAAAUCAUUUACUUAUGCAUACUCUGUUAUGCUCUUAUUGAAUUAAAAUUCAGUAAUUCAAAAUUAUUUGAGAUCACUUAUCAUAUUUUUUACUCCAUCUUUAAAUUUUGAAGUAAAGAAAAACUCAUUGUAGGUUAAACAGAAAUUUCAAUGUUCUUUGAUAUGUACAACCUUUUAUAUGAGUGAUAUCCAAGUAGUUUGUGUAAUUAAUGUUGUAAACAAUAUUAAUUAUAAAUGGUAGGGUACCUUAUCAUUAACAUUUAUUUUUAUAUAAAUAUUUUGCAGGUUAUGCCUUUAAUAUGGGUCCAUCAUAUUUGUCUUGCUAAUCAUUGUGUACAUAAACACUGCAGUGAAAUAAACUUCUAAAUGUAAACUGUGUCA